CAUGCAUGAAUUUUAAUGUGGUGUGUUAUUGUUAUCAGUUAAUUAUUAUGCUAACUAAAUUCUCAUGCGCCACCCAUGGAUUAUAAUUCUACCCGGAAGCCUGGUAGUGUAGGAAUUUCCGGUUACGUCAGGGCGUCAGGACUCCAUUAGAGCUGCAGCUGUUUUGAGAGAAACAACAACAAAAACGGGCUAACUGACAGUGACAGUCCGCUCUGAGCCCGACAACGAGGCCUCAAAUCUGGAAGCUUAACCUUCAUUUCCCACCCGGAGCUCCGCCGGCUUCUAACCACGGCCGCUCUCGGUGAGGAAACUCUGGCCUCCGCUUCCUCCUCCUCCGACUCGGACACCGGCGGAGCGUCGCCGCCCCCGCGGAAGAAGCACCGAGCCUCGGCGGCGGAGGGAGCAGGAGAGCCCGGGGCUUCAGCAGUUGUAACAGGCCUGUCCGGAGUUGUCUUAGGACUUGCUACACACUCUCCACACUCUCAAGCCACCUCUGCCAUCCUCUUUAACCGAAGUGUAGUCAACAACCUCAGCAGCAGCAUGCAGGCAAACGGGGCAGGACAGGGACAAGAAUCCUCGGAGCUCUCCUGCCUUAACAGCGCACAAAACGGGGAGUCAUCCUCGGCCGGUGGAACCCACUCCAACGGGCUUCUCUCCAGCACAGACAACGGGAAUAGCGUCGGCACCAGUAACGGGUCUUCAACCGGUCCCGGUUCGGGGACUUCGGCUACGGCUUCGAGCUCGGAGGUCGGCUCGUUGAAAAAGAAAAAACGACUAUCGCAGGCGGAGGAAGAUGUCAUACGAUUAAUAGGGCAACAUCUCCACGGACUUGGGCUGAAUCAGACAGUGGACCUGCUGAUGCAGGAAUCAGGCUGCAGACUGGAACACCCCUCAGCCACCAAGUUCCGCAACCAUGUCAUGGAGGGGGAGUGGGACAAGGCUGAGAAUGAUCUCAAUGAGCUGAGAGCACUGAUGCAUUCUCCCAAUGCUAUUGUGCGUAUGAAGUUCCUGCUACUGCAGCAGAAGUACCUAGAGUAUCUGGAGGACGGCAAAGUCCUGGAGGCUCUGCAGGUGCUCCGGGGCGAGCUGACGCCACUCAAGUACAACACAGAUCGCAUCCACGUACUUAGCGGGUACUUGAUGUGUAGCCAUGCUGAGGAUCUGAGGGCAAAAGCAGAGUGGGAGGGCAAGGGCACCACCUCACGCUGCAGACUGCUGGACAAAUUACAGACGUAUCUGCCCCCUUCUGUGAUGCUGCCCCCUCGACGGCUGCAGACCCUGCUGCGGCAAGCAGUGGAGCUGCAGAGGGACCGCUGCCUCUAUCACAACACCAAGCUGGACAGUAACCUGGACUCGGUGUCUCUUCUCCUCGAUCAUGUCUGCAGCAGGAAGCAGUUCCCCUGUUACACCCAACAGAUUCUAACAGAGCACUGUAACGAAGUGUGGUUCUGCAAAUUCUCAAAUGACGGCACCAAACUAGCCACUGGCUCCAAAGACACUACUGUCAUAAUUUGGCAAGUGGACCCGGAGAGCCACCAGUUAAAGCUGCUGCGAACCCUGGAGGGUCAUGCAUACGGUGUCUCCUACUUAGCCUGGAGUCCCGAUGACACCUACCUGAUCGCCUGUGGACCUGACGACUGCUCUGAGCUGUGGCUCUGGAAUGUUCAGACGGGGGAGCUGCGGACCAAAAUGUCGCAGUCCCAUGAAGACAGUCUGACCAGUGUGGCCUGGAAUCCCGAUGGCAAACGCUUUGUCACUGGAGGACAGAGGGGACAGUUUUAUCAAUGUGACCUGGAUGGCAACUUGUUGGACUCCUGGGAGGGCGUAAGAGUGCAGUGCCUGUGGUGCCUGAGUGAUGGCAGAGCAGUACUGGCCUCGGACACCCACCAACGUAUCCGGGGGUACAACUUCGAGGACCUUACGGACAGAAACAUAGUACAGGAGGACCACCCUAUCAUGUCUUUUACUGUUUCAAAGAACGGAAGAUUAGCUUUGUUAAAUGUAGCAACUCAGGGAGUGCACCUGUGGGACCUUCAAGACCGGGUGCUGGUGAGGAAGUACCAAGGUGUGACCCAAGGCUUCUACACCAUCCACUCCUGCUUUGGAGGACACAACGAAGACUUUAUUGCUAGUGGCAGUGAAGACCACAAAGUGUACAUCUGGCACCGCCGUGGUGAACUUCCCAUUGCUGAGCUAACAGGCCACACACGCACCGUUAACUGUGUGAGCUGGAACCCGGCCAUCCCAGGACUCAUGGCUUCCGCCUCAGAUGAUGGCACAGUGCGUGUCUGGGGUCCUGCACCCUUUCUUGACUCGCAAGAGGCAGACGGACUCAACGAGAAUUGCAGUAACAUGGACAGUUGAUGGUCACUCAUGGACCGGAUGACAUCUCUCUUUAACAACAAUCCAAGAAUCUUACAGUAAAACAAAAUCCAAACAGGCGAAUAAAAUCUUAACACCGACCUAAAACAAGUCAAGAAUAAAACACAAGACAACCACCAAGACAAAAGAGAAAACAAAAGUGAGAAAUAAUUUGUCUCCUGGCUGGCCUAGACAAAUUGGUGGAGUUGAUGACGGACACUGAAAAUUCAGGCCCUCAUCCAAAUCCUGAUCCUGACCCAGAGGAAAACCAGUCAAUGCCCAGCGGGAUACGACGGCCAUCCACUGGUGAGCUGUAACAGCUGUUCUCCUCCUCCAACUGACCCUUCUUCCCCCAAUCUUGCUACAUGGUCACCAGCCAUGCCAGGUCCUCCCAGAGUUUCCCAGGAAACCCACCUCCACCUUUGAGCUCGGAGCAUCCCAGUGAUGCCUCGGGACAGACACCGUGCAGACCAGCCACCUACUCAUUGGACUACAUCUGUCUGCCUGUUUGUCUCUCACAUUACCUGUAUAAUGUCUCCAUGGACAUGGGUGGGGUGUUGUUGGGGAGGAUGGUGCAUAGAGGGAUAUAGCAACUCUUCUGUAUGUAUGUUUUCCUCUUCCCCACUCUCUUGCUAUAUUCUUCGCAUUCGAUCUGUUGGACAAAGGCUGAAAAAUCCAUCACGAAAAACACUGACCGACCAGCUGACAAAGAACUCAAAAAAGGCUAUGCUAAAUGUUGGAAUUUUUUUAUGAUAGUCAUAGCGUAAUUCUCAUUUAAGAGGUGAAUCUUAGCUCAAGUAGUGCCCGUGGAAAGCUUUAGCGUGAAGAUUCCACUUUCUGUUUCUCAACAUUAGGAAAACAAACUUUUUAUUCCUUAAUUUAACUUCUAACAAGGACAGUCGCUGUAAUUUCCAACUGACAGCCCCCAAACCCCCCCUCUGUCGAGCUAGCUACCGCACAACUCCGUUACAUCUGCCUAAAGAGGAGUAGGGAUUCGCAGGUCACAUGUCAGCGGUGGGGGGAGGGGGGGAUCAGACGUUGUCGGUGAGGCGGGGUUUCCCCUCUGUCGGGACGUUUCUCAAAAAGAUGACGGGAAAGAGUUCAAGUGCAACUUGGAAUUGCACACCGGUGACUGCUGUCCCCUCCUCUGUGUGUGUGAGAGUGUGAGUGAGAGUGAGAGAGAGAGUGUGUGAGUGUGUGUGAGUGUGUGUGAGUGAGAGCGAUUAUGCAUGCACGCAUUAGUGAGAGUUGACAUUUGUGGGUGCAGGUUUAAUUGGCGUGUUGUUGUUUUUGUUUUGUUUGUAUGUGUGCUCAAUUCACACCAGCAGAAGAUUCACCCUCCCUCCCUCCUUUAUGCUCCUAGUAAAAUUGUAAAAAAGAUUUUAAACCAAUUCUAAGUUAUACAAAGCCCCAUAGGGACCUCUAUCUGUGGAACAAAGAAUACUUGAGAGCCAUUUUGUAAAAGAAAAACUUUUCUUUAAUCUGGGGCUUUAAUUUUUACAUUUGAAUUUGUUUCUCCUUACCACGUGGCAUUCAAACGGCACUGAGUUAUUGGCAACGUAUCAUCUUUGCGGGGAAAAGAAAAGUUAAGAGGCAUGUUUCAAAAAGCUGUAAAAGUGUUGUGUUAUUAGCAAAGGGUCAUUUCAUAUGAGAGGUUAAUAAUUGUAAUUAUUGGACGAGUAGUUAGAGAGAAGAGGCACCAAUAACCAGAACCACCCUCUGAGCCCACAGUGUUGGGGAGUGUUGUUGCAGUCCUAAAAACACGCGCACACAAACUGCCUUCCUGUUCAUACAGUUGCACACAACUCCUUCAGUAUGUAUGACACACACGCACACACACCCCUCCCUCCUCACUGCACUUUGAGUGGUCUUUACUGUAAUAAAAUCCACAAGGAUCUCACAGGCUUACGGUCACCACACUCGCCGCCCCGAUGGCUCAAAAAGUUUGCAUUGGCAAAGACUCGAAACCCGAACCGGACGAUUGCUAAAGGAAUUGAUUCUCCCUCACUAUGCCUCUAUGCACCCAAAAGCAGUGACUGAUUAUCUUGUAGACGUUAUUAAAAACUGAACCUUGCGCAUAUGAGGCACAGCAGCCUCACUUCGAGGGUACCACUCUUGGAGCUUAGAGAGAGUUCAGCAUUAAACAACCCCCCCCUUUGCUCUCCAGCCAAGUUAUUCAGUGGUCAGUGCACCAUUCAAAGCUUUCUUCCUCCCUUUUUCAGGGUAUGUAAUGACUAUUUGCUACAGACUGAUAUACAGUAAAACAUGUUUAAAAUCAGUGCUUUUCUGUCUGUUUUUAUUGAACUUUUUUGUUACUUAAAUUUUUUGUUCACAUUAUAUCAUUUUUGGUUGACCUCUAUCCCUGUAUGAUCAUAUUAAAAUAUAACCAGA